CAGCAACAAAGAUCGUCCGUCCGCCACACGCAUACAGACAACGCGGCGACGGCGAGAGCACGCACACCGAAAGCCACAUCAUCGCGAACGUCAAACGGCGGGAGAAAGUGGCGGAGAAAAGUGUCCUUAUCGGUUGGGGCAGUUUGUCUGGGAACCCGCGCGCCUACGUAAACGGAGGGAACGGUCAGCUGUUUUUUGUUGUGGUAAACGUCAUCCCCCCCUCGUUUCAAGGCCAAACGCCGUGGAGAGCCCUUCCUAGAAUCAGCAGCAGGGGCCCCCGGUAGGUAGAACAAGGAGAGACCGAAAUGUUGGCGAAGCAUACGCUAAUUGUGACGCCCCGGCACUACCUGCGGUGGAGUGUGGUGCGAUACAACCACACCCGACGAGGCGCAUUGUAUAAUAAAUGCUACCAGCUGCUGGGUGUGAAUGAAAACUCGGAUCAAAACACGGUCCGUCAGGCUUACCUGUCGCUCGUUAAACGCCUUCACCCAGACAGUGGCCACCCGGAGGCAAGCGCCGAGCGAUUCCAGGAAGUUGAUACGGCAUUCCGUGUGUUGCAAGAGAAGUUCGCCAAAGCACGGCGCGGAAUCGUGGAAGAUCUGCAGGAACAGGUCAAGGUUUACGAUAUCAAACACACGGCACCGCAGCAUCGGCAGUACCUGAGCUUCGAUGGUAUCGGCUACGGAACGCCGGCUCAAAGGCAGAAACAGUAUCAAGCCGUUCGUGCCUCGCGAGCACAGGAACGGGUGCUCGAGCACCGUCUUUCGAAGGCGCAAGCCUCCGAAUCGGCCCUCAUGAAGAAGGGUGACUACUUUAAGAAGCACGAAAUCAAAACCAAGUACGGCUACGAUCGCGUCGUGGAGGAUCUCAUCCAGGAGGCCAUCUCGCGCGGUGAUUUCUCCAAUCUGUCCGGCUUCGGUAAACCCCUACCCGACCAUCAAUCACAAAACCCGUACGUCGAUUUCACCACGCACAAGAUCAACAAAAUUCUGCUCGAUAAUGGUUUCACACCCGAGUGGAUCACACUCCACAAGGACCUCCGGGAGGCGACAGCUGUCCUGCGGGAAGAGUUGACGCGUGAACGAGCAAAACUUGGACCAGCACCACUAGGCGGCCGAGAGGAGCAACAGUGGGAGAAGCUGCUGGAAGAGUACCGACCGGAUGAGUCAAGGAUUAACAAAAUGAUCGACAAGUUCAACCUGAUCGUGCCGAUGCUCAACAAGCAGAUGGUACGCCUCAAUCUAGACCGGAUUGCAGCGGAAAUCCUAGCAACCGGGCCGGUUGCCAGCGUAACCACCGCCAAACGAACGCAACCAACGGCUGACGGGAGCGCGGAAUCCACAAAGCCCGCAAAGAACUCCGAUUCGGCCACAAAUAAGUCUAGUCUUCUUGGUUUUAUUGGUUCACUGUUUGGUUAGCAAUUCGGUC